AUGUUGUCGAAUUGCAGUGCUGUUGCUCCAGAGACACAAAACGCUCGUAAUAAUAUGCAGCCUGAUACUCAACCCGUGUGUAGAAAAGGAAAAAAAUGUAUAGGAAGCGUGGUGACAGUUACAGUGGUGUUCAUCGGACUUUCUCUUGGUCUAGGUUUGUACUUCGGCUUGAGACCCACAAACCCAUCUACCAUCCCAAAGCCAUCGAGCAAGAUCAUACAUUGUGAUGUUAUCAUUUUGGGAGCUGGAUUUGCUGGCACAUAUGCAGCAUAUCAGCUUGCUAACCGUUCCGGAAGUGGCGUUUGUCUGAUUGAGAAGCUUGAUAGAUUUGGUGGUCGAGUAUGGGAUGUUUCAGGGUGGCCCGGUGGGCCAGUAUUCGGCGUCGGAUCCCUCCAUGUUACGGAAUUGCAGCGUACUAUGCUGGCAUUGGGAAACGAACUUGGCAUAGACUUACAAAAGCAGGAGACCGACAACGAGCUCAUGAGAGUUCGCGGUCGCCAGUUUUACCGUGAUGCACUGUAA